AUGGCUGCGCCCGGCCCUCUCUACUGCUUGACGAUGUUCAGCGUUUUGGCGCUGGCCGCAGCGGGCAAGCACGUCGCGGUCUUUGGCGGCAUGAUGAGGAGCCACCACCUCACCGUCGUCCCGCUGAUCGAGGGCCUGCUCGAGCAUGGCCACGAUGUCUCUUUCGUGGUGCCAAACACUACGGAGCAUAGGUCCUACUUCCCCAAAGGCGUGGGCUCGGCCACGAUGGUCUUCCUCGGGACAGAGGACUGGGCUUUUGACACGCUGUUCAGUGGCCCCGAGUACGACUUCAAAAACCUGCCGUG